AUGGCAGCCAUGUGGCUCUCCACGCCCCUGGAGCUCAAGACAUUGGCGUCUUUGCCAGUGUUGUACCCAUGGGCUACUGCAGCUGUUGGCACUCAGCACCCAGGGGUCAUGACGCCGGGGCGGCGGGGCUGCUCCCUGCGGGAGGUGGACGAUCGGCGCAAGGAGACGUACUGGCAGCAGCAGGAGACGCGCUUCGUGGUGCAGCGAUCCCCCUGGCUCAUCAUGCAGCUGGGCCGGCUGGGCGAGCCCCUGGCCCGCUACCACCUGCCCUACCAGCGGGCGCUGCCCCUGCCCCUCUUCAUGCUGGCCGACCUGAGCGCCAAGGCCGAGCGGGGAGCCACCCCGCCCCAGCUGCGCCACAUGAUGGACUUCGAGACGGCGCUGGCCGGGGGCUCCCCGCCCAACGGGCAGUGCUGGGACAAGAAGGCUGUGGCGGAGAUCACCAAGGAGCUGCCCCCCGUCAUCCAGCCCAGCCGGCCCGACUUCGGCAAGGGUGACUUCCCCCGCUCCCUGUCCCAGGAGGCGCAGAGGGGCUGA